AUGGCACAGGCAACAAGAACAUUUUGGACACAAGCUGAAGCAUUGGAAUUCAUUAUGAAAAGACAAAAAAAUAAUAAUUCAGGAGAAAUUCUUUAUUUAUUCAGUUUUGAAUCACAACCAGAAGGAAAACGUCGAUAUCAAGUCGCUGAUAUUGAUGUUUUUAUUCAUGAAUAUUAUCAAUUACCAGCUAAUCAACGUCAUACAUAUGAAAUUAUUAUUGAUAAAAAACCAUCAAAACUUUAUUUUGAUCUUGAAUACGAUAUUAGUGCUAAUCCAAAAAUUAAUGGACCUAGAUUAACUACAAAUUUUAUCCAGUUUGUUCUCAAUUUUAUGCGAAAACGAAGUGAUGAUUUGGAUUAUUCUAUUAAAGAUGUUCUUAUUCUGGAUUCAACAUCAACAAAAAAAUUUAGUCGUCAUUUAAUAUUUCAAACAAAAGAUCCAUUUCUUGAUAAUAUAGCCGUUGGUAAAUUUGUUAAUCUUAUCUUAGAAGAUAUUCAUGGUUGUUUAAUAAAUCAUCAAUGUCAAACUGUAAUAAAUUCUUUAACAUCUCAAAUACAAUCAAAUUUUGAUUCAUUAGUUUUUGCAAAAAAUCUUCUUUCAAGUCUUGAAUCUCAUUUAUUACGAUUUGAACAAUGUAAUUGUAUUGAUGAUUAUACACAAUUAAAAUUUAAAGAUAUGAUAGAAUUUAUUGUAAAUAAAAGUGAUGGUAGUGGUAUAACAUGGUUUUGUGAUAUGGGUGUUUAUACAAAAAAUCGAGCAUUUCGAUUACUUCGUUCAAGUAAAUUUGAUAAACAAGAAUGUUUUACUGUUGCACCAGAAAAUCAAUGGAAACCAAUUUUACGACGUGUACGUCCAUCAUCAACUGAACCGAAUGAAACUGAACGACAAACAUUUAUGGCUUCACUUGUUUAUUUUAAUAAACCUAUACGACGUUUUAUUCAUGUUGACGAUGAAAAUUUAACUGCCAUACAAACAAUUAAUUCACGUGUACAACGUUCAAAUCAAUCAUCAUAUAUCACAGAAGAUGUACGAAAAAUGUCAUUAGAUUAUCCUGAAUUAAUUAAUUUUAUGACAAAUAUAGCACGUGAUAAAAAAGAUAAUGGUAGUGGUAUUCGUAUAAGUCGUUUAUAUAAAGUAAAAGAAAUUCAAAAUGAUUUUCGAUGGGUAAUUCAUUUUAUGUAUGUUGGAGAUUAUAAAUAUUGUGAAAAUAUAAAACGUCAUCAUAAACAGAAUAAUAUUUAUUUUAUAGUUGAUAUGCGUAAAGGAACAUAUCGACAAAAAUGUCAUGAUCCAGAUUGUAAAACAUUUCAAGGCAUUGAACAAUCAUUACCAAAACAUGUUACUCCUUGGUUAAUGAUACUUGAUGACGAAUGGGAAAAUCAAACUUCAUAA